AAGAUUAGGAGAAGAACUUGCUACGAGUGUGGUGAAAAAGGCCAUCUUUCAUCAUUGUGCCCUAACAAACAAGCUGACGAUCUAAAGAAAGUAGUAACAGAGAGCAAUUCGAAAUCUUUGCUGACAAGUAAGGAAACUGAUAAUGGUGAUGCAAGCGCUGUCAGUGGAAAGAUUAGGAGAAGAACUUGCUACGAGUGUGGUGAAAAAGGCCAUCUUUCAUCAUUGUGCCCUAACAAACAAGCUGACGAUCUAAAGAAAGUAGUAACAGAGAGCAAUUCGAAAUCUUUGCUGACAAGUAAGGAAACUGAUAAUGGUGAUGCAAGCGCUGUCAGUGGAAAGAUUAGGAGAAGAACUUGCUACGAGUGUGGUGAAAAAGGCCAUCUUUCAUCAUUGUGCCCUAACAAACAAGCUGACGAUCUAAAGAAAGUAGUAACAGAGAGCAAUUCGAAAUCUUUGCUGACAAGUAAGGAAACUGAUAAUGGUGAUGCAAGCGCUGUCAGUGGAAAGAUUAGGAGAAGAACUUGCUACGAGUGUGGUGAAAAAGGCCAUCUUUCAUCAUUGUGCCCUAACAAACAAGCUGACGAUCUAAAGAAAGUAGUAACAGAGAGCAAUUCGAAAUCUUUGCUGACAAGUAAGGAAACUGAUAAUGGUGAUGCAAGCGCUGUCAGUGGAAAGAUUAGGAGAAGAACUUGCUACGAGUGUGGUGAAAAAGGCCAUCUUUCAUCAUUGUGCCCUAACAAACAAGCUGACGAUCUAAAGAAAGUAGUAACAGAGAGCAAUUCGAAAUCUUUGCUGACAAGUAAGGAAACUGAUAAUGGUGAUGCAAGCGCUGUCAGUGGAAAGAUUAGGAGAAGAACUUGCUACGAGUGUGGUGAAAAAGGCCAUCUUUCAUCAUUGUGCCCUAACAAACAAGCUGACGAUCUAAAGAAAGUAGUAACAGAGAGCAAUUCGAAAUCUUUGCUGACAAGUAAGGAAACUGAUAAUGGUGAUGCAAGCGCUGUCAGUGGAAAGAUUAGGAGAAGAACUUGCUACGAGUGUGGUGAAAAAGGCCAUCUUUCAUCAUUGUGCCCUAACAAACAAGCUGACGAUCUAAAGAAAGUAGUAACAGAGAGCAAUUCGAAAUCUUUGCUGACAAGUAAGGAAACUGAUAAUGGUGAUGCAAGCGCUGUCAGUGGAAAGAUUAGGAGAAGAACUUGCUACGAGUGUGGUGAAAAAGGCCAUCUUUCAUCAUUGUGCCCUAACAAACAAGCUGACGAUCUAAAGAAAGUAGUAACAGAGAGCAAUUCGAAAUCUUUGCUGACAAGUAAGGAAACUGAUAAUGGUGAUGCAAGCGCUGUCAGUGGAAAGAUUAGGAGAAGAACUUGCUACGAGUGUGGUGAAAAAGGCCAUCUUUCAUCAUUGUGCCCUAACAAACAAGCUGACGAUCUAAAGAAAGUAGUAACAGAGAGCAAUUCGAAAUCUUUGCUGACAAGUAAGGAAACUGAUAAUGGUGAUGCAAGCGCUGUCAGUGGAAAGAUUAGGAGAAGAACUUGCUACGAGUGUGGUGAAAAAGGCCAUCUUUCAUCAUUGUGCCCUAACAAACAAGCUGACGAUCUAAAGAAAGUAGUAACAGAGAGCAAUUCGAAAUCUUUGCUGACAAGUAAGGAAACUGAUAAUGGUGAUGCAAGCGCUGUCAGUGGAAAGAUUAGGAGAAGAACUUGCUACGAGUGUGGUGAAAAAGGCCAUCUUUCAUCAUUGUGCCCUAACAAACAAGCUGACGAUCUAAAGAAAGUAGUAACAGAGAGCAAUUCGAAAUCUUUGCUGACAAGUAAGGAAACUGAUAAUGGUGAUGCAAGCGCUGUCAGUGGAAAGAUUAGGAGAAGAACUUGCUACGAGUGUGGUGAAAAAGGCCAUCUUUCAUCAUUGUGCCCUAACAAACAAGCUGACGAUCUAAAGAAAGUAGUAACAGAGAGCAAUUCGAAAUCUUUGCUGACAAGUAAGGAAACUGAUAAUGGUGAUGCAAGCGCUGUCAGUGGAAAGAUUAGGAGAAGAACUUGCUACGAGUGUGGUGAAAAAGGCCAUCUUUCAUCAUUGUGCCCUAACAAACAAGCUGACGAUCUAAAGAAAGUAGUAACAGAGAGCAAUUCGAAAUCUUUGCUGACAAGUAAGGAAACUGAUAAUGGUGAUGCAAGCGCUGUCAGUGGAAAGAUUAGGAGAAGAACUUGCUACGAGUGUGGUGAAAAAGGCCAUCUUUCAUCAUUGUGCCCUAACAAACAAGCUGACGAUCUAAAGAAAGUAGUAACAGAGAGCAAUUCGAAAUCUUUGCUGACAAGUAAGGAAACUGAUAAUGGUGAUGCAAGCGCUGUCAGUGGAAAGAUUAGGAGAAGAACUUGCUACGAGUGUGGUGAAAAAGGCCAUCUUUCAUCAUUGUGCCCUAACAAACAAGCUGACGAUCUAAAGAAAGUAGUAACAGAGAGCAAUUCGAAAUCUUUGCUGACAAGUAAGGAAACUGAUAAUGGUGAUGCAAGCGCUGUCAGUGGAAAGAUUAGGAGAAGAACUUGCUACGAGUGUGGUGAAAAAGGCCAUCUUUCAUCAUUGUGCCCUAACAAACAAGCUGACGAUCUAAAGAAAGUAGUAACAGAGAGCAAUUCGAAAUCUUUGCUGACAAGUAAGGAAACUGAUAAUGGUGAUGCAAGCGCUGUCAGUGGAAAGAUUAGGAGAAGAACUUGCUACGAGUGUGGUGAAAAAGGCCAUCUUUCAUCAUUGUGCCCUAACAAACAAGCUGACGAUCUAAAGAAAGUAGUAACAGAGAGCAAUUCGAAAUCUUUGCUGACAAGUAAGGAAACUGAUAAUGGUGAUGCAAGCGCUGUCAGUGGAAAGAUUAGGAGAAGAACUUGCUACGAGUGUGGUGAAAAAGGCCAUCUUUCAUCAUUGUGCCCUAACAAACAAGCUGACGAUCUAAAGAAAGUAGUAACAGAGAGCAAUUCGAAAUCUUUGCUGACAAGUAAGGAAACUGAUAAUGGUGAUGCAAGCGCUGUCAGUGGAAAGAUUAGGAGAAGAACUUGCUACGAGUGUGGUGAAAAAGGCCAUCUUUCAUCAUUGUGCCCUAACAAACAAGCUGACGAUCUAAAGAAAGUAGUAACAGAGAGCAAUUCGAAAUCUUUGCUGACAAGUAAGGAAACUGAUAAUGGUGAUGCAAGCGCUGUCAGUGGAAAGAUUAGGAGAAGAACUUGCUACGAGUGUGGUGAAAAAGGCCAUCUUUCAUCAUUGUGCCCUAACAAACAAGCUGACGAUCUAAAGAAAGUAGUAACAGAGAGCAAUUCGAAAUCUUUGCUGACAAGUAAGGAAACUGAUAAUGGUGAUGCAAGCGCUGUCAGUGGAAAGAUUAGGAGAAGAACUUGCUACGAGUGUGGUGAAAAAGGCCAUCUUUCAUCAUUGUGCCCUAACAAACAAGCUGACGAUCUAAAGAAAGUAGUAACAGAGAGCAAUUCGAAAUCUUUGCUGACAAGUAAGGAAACUGAUAAUGGUGAUGCAAGCGCUGUCAGUGGAAAGAUUAGGAGAAGAACUUGCUACGAGUGUGGUGAAAAAGGCCAUCUUUCAUCAUUGUGCCCUAACAAACAAGCUGACGAUCUAAAGAAAGUAGUAACAGAGAGCAAUUCGAAAUCUUUGCUGACAAGUAAGGAAACUGAUAAUGGUGAUGCAAGCGCUGUCAGUGGAAAGAUUAGGAGAAGAACUUGCUACGAGUGUGGUGAAAAAGGCCAUCUUUCAUCAUUGUGCCCUAACAAACAAGCUGACGAUCUAAAGAAAGUAGUAACAGAGAGCAAUUCGAAAUCUUUGCUGACAAGUAAGGAAACUGAUAAUGGUGAUGCAAGCGCUGUCAGUGGAAAGAUUAGGAGAAGAACUUGCUACGAGUGUGGUGAAAAAGGCCAUCUUUCAUCAUUGUGCCCUAACAAACAAGCUGACGAUCUAAAGAAAGUAGUAACAGAGAGCAAUUCGAAAUCUUUGCUGACAAGUAAGGAAACUGAUAAUGGUGAUGCAAGCGCUGUCAGUGGAAAGAUUAGGAGAAGAACUUGCUACGAGUGUGGUGAAAAAGGCCAUCUUUCAUCAUUGUGCCCUAACAAACAAGCUGACGAUCUAAAGAAAGUAGUAACAGAGAGCAAUUCGAAAUCUUUGCUGACAAGUAAGGAAACUGAUAAUGGUGAUGCAAGCGCUGUCAGUGGAAAGAUUAGGAGAAGAACUUGCUACGAGUGUGGUGAAAAAGGCCAUCUUUCAUCAUUGUGCCCUAACAAACAAGCUGAUGAUCUAACGAAUAGCGGUGCAAUGUAAUCACAUUGGAAAUGUAUUAACUUGUUUCUUUGUUGUUUAUUAUAUGAAAAAUGCAUAAAUUUCAAAAGAAAAUAACUUUUAACAUUGUUCUGGGGGACUUGGUUGUUUUUUAGCUAUUUCUGGUAGAGCCAAACUGCCUUGUUACAUCAACAGUUUUGACAUUCUAUGGAUUUUUUGACCAUUUUAAUCUUUUUCCUCUGAAGUUUCUUGCAAAAGAAAAUUUGUA